UCAAAGUCCUUGUUUGCGUGCAGGUUAACAGAAGGCAGUCCAGUCAGUUCUCAUGUGAUCAAAAUGAUUGGUUACAUUGAAAGCCUCGAAAAACUUGGUUUUCCCCUUAGCCCUGAGUUGGCUACGGAUGUAAUUCUCCAGUCGCUCCCUGCGAGCUUCGAGCCGUUCAUUUUGAACUUUCAUAUGAACAGCAUGGAGAAAAGCAUGGCUGAAUUGCAUGGGAUGCUAAAAACUGCUGAGGAAAGCAUUAAGAAGAGCUCUAGUCAUGUGAUGAUGGUUCAAAAGGAUAGCAAGAAGAGAAAGCGCAAGGACAAGGCUAAAACUUCGGAUGAGAUCUCGAGUUCUAAGCCUAAACCUGUUGGAAAGCCCAAGGCUAGCCCUGCCGCUUCUGACACUUGCCACCACUGCCAUAAGACUGGUCAUUGGCGGAGGAACUGCAAAUUGUACUUGGAAGAACUCAAAAAGAAGAAGGGAAGUAAGACUUCCUCUUCAGGGACUGAAAAGGACUAGGAAGUGUGCAAGAGGCGAACUGGAUGCUCGCGUCGGCAAUGGUGC